AUGUGGUGUUUAAUGUUAUUUCGAGUGGGAUUUUGUUUCUUAUUUUUUAUUCAGAUAACAUUAGCUCUUCCUGAUGAAUGUAGUCCUAGGUCACCUGUAAGAAGUUGCUUGCUGAGGGAAAAUCCCAUAGAUAUACGGCUGUGGAAAUAUUGGGCGGGUUAUUUCUGUUAUAAAUAUACAAAUGAAGCCAGGCUGGACAUCAAAUAUAAUACUACUGUUCACAAUAUAUUAUGUGACGGUAACAUGACAAAGAUUCCCGUAGCAGUGGUAGAGGCAAAUAUAACAGCUAGCUAUGAUUAUAAUGAUAAAGAAGAUGUCCGGUAUAUUCGACGAUCGUUUAAAACUGACGCGAAUUUUGAUAAUUAUAUUUCUUGUUGCCAAGGAGCCGAAAGGUGUUGCUAUGAUUACAUGGACGAGAAAAAUGUUAUUCCAACACAAUCAGAAUGUCCUGUAAUAUGGGAUGCCUGGUCUUGUUUUCCACAAACUAAAGUGAAUACUACAGCCAAACUACCAUGUAGUAGCCAAGCAUACCAAUCUCCUGAUGAAGUUUGUACUUUAGAAAGCGAAAAACAAUGCAUUUGGAACGGAACAUCAGCAGAAUGGAUCCAACAAACGGACUACACAACGUGUGCAAUAGCUCCAGUUUAUGAACGAAGAUACAACUUUCAUAUUAUAUUUCUAGGAGUCUGUAUCGGUUUUUGUAUACCGGCUAUAUUCAUAUAUUUCUUUUUUGAAAAACUCAGAAAGACUAUCAGAGUUAUUCUGCACAGGAACCUUUUGAUAGCGAUUGUGGUAAGGAAUGUUUUGACGAUUAUGUGCAAAGAAUUAGUCCUAUUAGAUGCUUUAAAAUCCCCAGCCCAAAGCCAUCAUACAAUGAAUAAUAAUGGCGUACCAUGUCGGAUAUUGGCAUUUAUGGAAACCUCAGCUAUAAAUAGUAUAUAUGCUUGUAUGUUUCUAGAUGCUUAUUAUUUACACAAGGUAAUAGUACGAGCGUUUGCCAAAGAAGUUAGAAUGGUCCAUAUUUAUAUAGUAUUAGCAGCUUUAACUUUCACGUUUAGCAUUGUAUGGGCGAUAGUUAUGGGCGUCAAAAAUGCUCCUCAUUGUUGGAUGGUGGACGUAGAUGGCCUCCAGUGGACCGUUGAUGGUUUUAGAAUAGCUGUCUUGGUCACCAACGGAUUAAUGUUAGCAGAUAUUAUAAGAGUGAUGAUAUUAAAAAUAAGACACGGAAGUACUACCAAACAAACUAUGGCUGCUUUUAGAGCUACAAUCUUUCUGAUCCCUCUUUUUGGCCUUCACAUCAUCGUAACUGCAAAAAAGAUCGUUUAUGAUAACUCUUGUACUGCCGAAGACAUUUACGACUAUGUCAGAUAUGCUAUGGAGGGAUUGCAGGGCAUCAUCGUGUCUAUUUUGUUUUGUUACGCUAAUAAUGAGGUACGAGGUGAAGUAAAAAAUGGUUACAGAAAAGCGUGCAUCUAUCUAAAUCAAAGGUACGGCUGGAAUUUGGGAGGUGAUCUGCUCUAUGACAAAAGGCGAGCCACAACUGCAACUUUUGUUCAAGAAGGAAAUAAUUAUUAA